UAAUACUAAUACUAAUCAAUCCUUCGAUUAUACGUCGUCCAACUGGUCAAACAGAUGCUACUCCCACUGAAUCUGAAACCCAGAUCAAAUUUCCGUUUUUUGAUUCUUGGGUUCCUCCCUCCGCAUUACAUUGUAGAAUGAGUCCCACUCCCUCUCUCACAUCAUCAUCAUCAUCUAGCUUCUUCUUCUUCUUGCGUCAAUGGUAAAAUGUCAUCGAGCAAUUUGAAAGGGUUCAUAUUGGCCGUGGUCUCUAGCGCCUUCAUAGGCUCCAGCUUCAUCAUCAAGAAGAAGGGUCUCCGCCGAGCCGGCAACAAUGGAACUCGUGCCAGUUCUGGAGGAUAUGGGUAUCUGCGGGAGCCUCUAUGGUGGAUAGGAAUGGUCACAAUGGUUGUUGGAGAGAUAGCAAAUUUUGUAGCAUACAUAUACGCACCUGCCGGGCUCGUCACGCCGCUUGGUGCUUUGAGUAUCAUUGUUAGUGCGGUGUUAGCGCAUUUCCUGUUAAAGGAGAAACUCCAGAAAAUGGGAAUGUUGGGCUGCCUUUUAUGCAUAGUGGGUUCGGUUGUGAUUGUACUCCAUGCACCCGAAGAGCAGACUCUCACUUCCGUCCAACAAAUCUGGGAUUUAGCAAUACAACCAGCUUUCCUUUUGUAUACAGCCUCAGUGAUAGCUGUAACGCUAGUCCUUAUCUUGUAUUGUUCCCCCCGCUAUGGCCAAACCAACAUACUGAUUUAUAUAGGAAUAUGCUCAAUGAUUGGAUCAUUGACUGUCAUGAGCAUAAAAGCAAUUGGCAUCGCAAUAAAACUCACAAUAGAGGGCACAAACCAGGCAGUAUACUUCCAAACAUGGAUUUUUGCAAUGGUUGCAGUUACAUGUAUCAUCACUCAAUUAAAUUAUCUAAAUAUGGCAUUGGACACUUUCAACACAGCAAUCGUUUCUCCCAUCUAUUAUGCUAUGUUCACAUCUUUCACAAUACUUGCGAGUGCAAUAAUGUUUAAGGAUUAUUCUGGUCAAAGUGCGAGCAGCAUAGCUUCAGAACUUUGUGGAUUCAUCACUGUGUUAUCUGGGACUGCUAUAUUGCAUAGUACAAGAGAACCAGAUCCACCUUUACUUACAGAUUUGUAUACACCAUUAUCUCCUAAAGUAUCGUGGUACAUCCAAAGCAAUGGAGAAUGGAAGCAGAAGGAUGAAGACGGUUCAGCCCCCAAUUUCAUCACAGUACUUCGGCCAGACUAUUUCAAGUAGCGGAAUAUGCUCAACAUAUUUACCCUUAGUUUACAUCUUACUAGUUGUGCCUGGAAUGAUCCUCCCAUUUUCAUCACAUUCUCCAGCCAGGGAUAUCCACUUGGGACUGUAAAAAUCAGUCGUGCUCGCAAUACCAAGUGAUAUAUAUUUUUUGCAGUGAUUUUUUUUUCUUCUCACCUUUCCCAUUCAAAUUUUGAGUGCAGUGUGUGCAAUUGUCAAAUAGCCAUAGUUUUAGGGAGCGAGAUUGUUCUCUCCGUUGCGUCUCUUAGUUUUGAUGUAGACAAAGAUCCAUCUCCAGUUUACAGCUGAGUAGCAAAUACGAUUGUAAUUGGUUCUUCAUGUAAUCUAAUUGAAUUGAUUAAUCAAAUUAUAGUUGCAAAAGUCGCAGCUUGGUUUUGUUUCUAA